UUUUUGUCAAGAAUUUAGUUAUAGACAUUAUUAUAAAAAGCAAAGGUAAUAUUAUAUUUUCUAGCACAGCGAGUCAGGUUGAAAGUAUUUUUUUCCUCUCCCUGAACCUGGCCUUGAUACCAAAAACCUGGCUUCUGCAAACUCAAUCUGUCAAGGAAGAAGCUAAACCCCUAAACUAGGAUCAGGGUUUUGAAGGUUCAUCUUCGGAUUUGAGCGAGUGUGAGGAGAACCGCAGCAUCACUCGUCGGAACUCAUAAGUGAUGAAGGUGGUGGCUUUAGUAAGCGGCGGCAAGGAUAGCUGCUACGCCAUGAUGAAAUGCAUCCAAUACGGUCACCAGGUUGUGGCAUUGGCGAACUUGAUGCCAGUUGAUGAUUCAGUUGACGAGCUCGAUAGCUACAUGUACCAAACUGUUGGGCACCAGAUAAUCGUUAGUUAUGCUGAAUGCAUGGGACUGCCCCUAUUCAGAAGGAGAAUACAAGGAUCCACAAGGCAAGCCUUUAUGCAGAAACUUUUGGCAUGAGAAGCUUAGCUACACAACAACUCCAGGCGAUGAAGUUGAAGAUAUGUUCAUUUUGUUAAAUGAAGUGAAAAAACAGAUACCUUCUGUUGGUGCAGUAUCUUCUGGUGCCAUUGCAUCAGAUUAUCAGAGGCUGCGGGUGGAAAGUGUGUGUUCAAGGUUAGGGCUUGUUUCUCUGGCAUAUUUGUGGAAACAAGAUCAGUCAUUGCUCCUUCAGGAAAUGAUAACAAGUGGGAUAUUGGCUAUUACCGUAAAGGUCGCUGCAAUGGGGUUGGACCCUGCAAAGCACUUGGGCAAAGAUUUAGCUUCCCUGAGUCCCUAUCUGCAUAAGUUGAAGGGGUUGUAUGGAAUUAAUGUUUGUGGUGAAGGAGGGGAAUAUGAAACAUUAACACUUGAUUGCCCUCUCUUUGUUAAUGCUCGGAUUAUGCUCGAUGACUCUCAAGUUAUUCUGCACUCUUCAGAUUCUAUUGCUCCAGCUGCGGUCCUUCAUACCUUAGCUUUUCAUUUGGAACAUAAGAAAUUGCAUUGUUCGUUGCCUGGCAGUGGUGAAACCCAAGAGAUCUGUCUGGAGAAUAAGGGUUCUGUCUUUGAAGUGGAGGGAGACAGCUCACAAGUAUGUGACGCCGCAGUCCAGUCUGCUGUUGAAGUCCUUGACUCGAUCACUAUUGCAGAAAAUAAGCUUCACAUUUCAAGAACACAGAAAGGUGAUACGUUUUCCAUUUGUUGCUGGUUGGAACAUUCAAGCAAAUCUUCAGCAGGCGUACAAGAAGAGUUGACAGCUGUUCUAAGAAAAAUGGAAUUGAAACUUGCGGAAUAUGGUUUUGGAUGGGAAAAUGUCCUCUAUAUUCAUCUCUAUAUUGCUGAUAUGAAGGAAUUUGCAACAGCAAAUGAAACAUAUGUGAGAUUUAUCAAACAGGAGAAAUGCCGUUUUGGUGUCCCAUCGCGCAGUACAAUUGAACUGCCUUUACUGGAAGUGGGGUUGGGUAAUGCAUACGUGGAAGUUUUAGUGGCAAAUGACCAUACCAAAAGAGUUCUACAUGUACAAAGUAUUUCCUCUUGGGCUCCCAGUUGUAUUGGACCAUAUAGCCAGGCAACACUGCACAAGAAUAUACUUCAUAUGGCCGGGCAAUUAGGGCUUGAUCCUCCCACAAUGAUCUUAUGUGAGGGGGGCGUCACUGCUGAGCUGGAAAAGGCAUUAGAAAACAGUGAAGCUGUGGCAAAAUGCUUUAAUGGUUCGAUAUCUACUUCAACUAUUGUAUUUGUCGUUUACUGUUCAGCACGUAUUCCCUCAUCUGAGAGACAUCAGAUUCAGGAUAAGCUAGAUGUAUUCCUUAAGCAAAUAAGGCCUUCUCAUUUCAACAAAUCAAGCAUAUCUGAAGCUGUUGAUCCCAUUUUUCUGUAUAUCCUAGCCCCUGAUCUGCCAAAAAGAGCACUUGUGGAAGUUAAGCCCAUUCUUUUCAUUCCGGAGGAUAUUGAAGAAACAGAUGGAACUGUGAAAAGCCCAUCUUGCAUACGAGGUCCUAGCUGUUGGGGAUUUCAGCAUGAAAGCUGGCAUGACCAAUGCAUUAAAAAAUGUGUUGUUCCUGGAGAGCUAUGCACACUUAUUUUGUGUGUUACAAGUGAAGUUGCAAUGAAAUUUGGUUCUGCAACUUUAGGUGCUGAAAAUAGUAGAAGGGACUAUGACAAUUAUUUCACAGAGGAGCAGUUUAGAGAAAUAUCAAGAUUUUGUAUAUAUCUUCUUGACAAAGUUAUUACAGAAAAUGGUUUCUCUUGGGAAGACAUUAUGUACUUGAGGCUAUAUUUUCCAACAAGCCUUCAUGUGCCCCUGGAGACAUUGUCCCUCCUGUUCACCAAUGCAUUCACUGAACUUGCUGCAAUGGAUCGGACACUCAAAAAUGAUCACGAGUCCAUCUUCAACCUUGUCCCUGUUGUGGGCUCUGGGAACUCUGCCACAUCCAUGGAUGAUAUAUUCACCUGUGAACUAAUGGCUAGGAGAUUAUGAGUAUGAUUUCUUCUCUUGAAGUACUUAUUUUUUUUCUUGUCACCAAUUCAAAAGCUUUAAGAAUUUGAGGGGUAAAUGAAGAUUUGAAAAAUUCUUUGAAGAUAGCAGAUUCUCUUUCUUAACCUCCUUCCACCUUUAAUGACUUUCUGCAAUGGCUUCAGAGAUUAUCAAUCCGGGAGCGGUUACUUGCAUGUCCUUAUAUUGCAUGCCCUCAACUAUCAGCUCAUUUCUUCUUCUUAUUGUGUGUAAAAUCUAUUUAUCUGUUAGCAUGUUGUACCAUUAAUCUUUUUGCUGUUUAGUAUCUUUGUGCUUGAGCUGUUAGUUCAUGUCUUUAUAGGACAACAGGAUUAUCCUGGACUAAUUAUCAAGGGAAAAGAAAUCUACAGAAAGUUGCUGACAAUUUUUGAUCAGCUGCCAACUCAUGUGUACUUGUAUGUAGGUAAACCAUCAAAAUGAAAUGAUCACACAGAAUAUUAUCAUUAGAUUAUCAUCUCACAACUAGACAAAUACUUAUCACUGGUGAUGUUUGUUUUUUUUUAAAAUUUUUUUUUGUCAAACACUAUGCACAGACAUUUUAACAGGGCUUUGUUACCUUGCCACCUUUGGACCAUCCUAAUGUGAUGGCUAAAUGUCUUAUCCUUCUUAAUCAAAGUGUUGAAUUCAUGCAGUA